CCAUUCUUGAAAUGUCCGCCGUAGAGAUCUGAAAUGAACGAUGCGGUUUUCGGAAGUGCAAGGAAUGCUUGAAAUUUCCUGCAAAGCGCCUCUCCCCGCCCCCCUCCUCCUCUCCCUCCCCCCGGAACAAUGAACUUAACUUUAUGCUUAGUAUGAAGCUCAAAUAUGCUCCAGCUUCCAACCAUAAUAUUAUGUCUUUUUUCUUCCGCUGUUACUUCACCUCAUCCUCUCACUGUGUGUAACAAAAUAAAAAUGUUCAGCUUCAUCGCACUGUCAACUUAUUUCGUCAAGUAAUCCCGUAACUAUAUGCUUGUGAUUUGCAUACGAACCCCGGAUAUUAAACCCCCUUUCUCUCUGUAUGUGUGGAUUAGUUUUCAUGCUGUCAAGGGUCGGCAGCAAGACUGGCGAGACUUGAUCGAUGCUGGCAAAGACUUAUAUGUGAAUGGCCGGUACCAUGAGGCCUACAGAUUAUUCACAGGAUUGAAGGAAGAUAUGGAUCAUCCUGACACAGAAAUUCUCAUUCUGUACCAGGUCCGGUGCCUGGAGAACCUUGGCUAUUCCCAUCAAGCUUUGACUCGGUGUCAAAUCAUGCUUCAGAUCAAUCCGAACGCUGGACUGUGGUACAUUAUAGCGAGCAAUAUCCACCUGAGUAGCCGAAACUAUCAUGCAGCAUGGGAAAUUCUUCACUCGGCGCUGCAAGUGAUCCCUGAGACCCACCAUUUAUUUCAGGAGAUAUAUUUUCGCGAGCGCAUUGCUUGGCACGGCAUGAAUCAACCUAAGCCGAUGGGUCAAAAGGUCGAUAUGAUGAAGAGGCUGACAAACGAUGUACUUCACGAAAUAUUUUCCCGAAUUCCCUUCAAGUGCCUGGCACGAUGUACCCGCGUCUCCCGUCGCUGGAGAAGGUAUCUUACCAGCAACCCCCAUUUGUGGCGCAACCUCGAUUUUAUGAGUAAAAAUGGAAGCGUCAAUCCGUCCACCUUGCACGGCCACUUGCAUACGCUAGAUAUGUCAGAAGUGACCUGUACAUCCGAUCUGUUUCUUACCUUGCUUGAUUCUGUGGGGUCCACGUUGCGGAAAUUACGAUGGGGCGGUAUUACGCUUAAACUCCACGAUGUGAUGGAGCAAGUUGCAAAGAGUUGUCCAAAGCUAACCUAUCUCGACGUGCACGACUGUUUUACGGCGCUUGGAACUUACACGCACAUUGAUGAUCAAGCUUUGCAACGGCUCGAAUUUCCAGGCUCAUUUUUUUCCGAUCAGUUCUUCCAAUUUGUCGCUACCCUCAAACCAUUUUCUAUUACUACGCUCGUACUUUCCAGCAUCCAUGGCCUAACAGCGAGCCAUCUAGCCAUCAUCCUUUGUCGCUGUCCUCACCUCGUUCAUCUUCAGCUACGCCACUGCUUGGUGAACAUUACCCCGGUCGUUAAUAUUCUCUGCUAUUGCUGUCCCAGCCUUCAACGACUGUUUUAUCAACGGAAUCGGUUUUGCCAGCAGGUUCAGUACGGUCAACUGGAAAUAGGAUUGCGCACGCCUACAGUUUCUCCUCACAGCACAUUAUUGUUUAACCGAAAACAAGGAUGGCAUGAGAUUUCCAUCAGAAGAUCAAAAAUCUUGACAGAUUCUGUACUCUAUAUCAUGUUGUACCAGUCAAACCAGACGCUCCAGAUCCUGGAUGUGGAAGGAAGCCCUUACUUAACCGACGAGGCCUUUGUCAGUGUGCGCUCCACAAAUCUUCCUAAGCUCAAGAGACUGUGCCUAAGUGAUUGUUUUGGCAUAUCAACUCAAGGUCUACGAAACCUCAUUUCUGCUAGUCCCCAUCUUCAGCAUGUCAAUUUAUCUGGUUUAUCGUCCGUCACCGAUGUCGUGUUGCAGGAGCUCAGUGAAUGUGAGCACCUGCGACAUGUAGAUAUAUCACAUUGUGGAUCCAUCACCGAAGCCGGUUUGAAGCAUUUGAUCGAUCGCCGAAAAACGAGCUUGACCUCCAUCCACCUGAAAGGCACUGGCAUGCCCCUGGAGGUGCUAGGAUACGCAAUGCAGACUAUCAAGCGAGACAAUAUCUAA